AUGCCCAACCGAACCACAGUGACCGCAUUUCUUCUCCUGGGAUUCUCCGAUGUUCCAGAAGUGCAGAUUUUAUACUUCAUACUUUUCUUAGUAAUUUACCUGGCAGCACUGAUGGAAAAUCUUCUUAUCAUUACAGCCAUAGCAUUUGACCAUCAUCUUCACACUCCCAUGUACUUCUUCUUGAUGAAUCUGUCUGUCGUAGACCUUGGUUCUAUCUCUGUCAACAUCCCCAAAUCAAUGGCUAAUUCCCUAACCCACACUAGGUCAAUUUCCUAUGCUGGAUGUGUUGCCCAGGUUUUUUUCCUUGUCUUCUUGUUAGGAGCAGAUUUUUUCCUUCUCACUGUCAUGGCAUAUGACCGGUACGUUGCUAUCUGCAAACCACUGCACUAUGACAGAGUGAUGAAUAGUCAAGCUUGUGUCCAAAUGGCAGCCAGUGCCUGGAUCAGUGGUAGUCUCAAUUCUGCACUGCACACAGGGAACACAUUUAUGUUAACCUUCUGUGGAGGCAACAUGGUGGAUCAGUUCUUCUGCGAAAUCCCCAAGCUACUAAAGCUCACCUGCUCUGAAUCAUAUCUCAGUGAAGUUCAGGUUCUCACCUUUAGUGCAUGCUUAGGCUUAAGCUGCUUUGUUUUAAUAACUUUUUCGUAUGUUCAGAUCUUCAAAACAGUGCUGAGAAUCCCCUCUGAGCAAGGACGCCAUAAAGCCUUCUCCACCUGUCUUCCUCACCUCAUUGUGGUCUCUUUAUUUGUUUUCACUUGCAUCUUUGCCUACCUGAAACCCACCUCUAGUUCUACAUCGGGUCUGGAUCUUGUGGUGGCUCUUCUCUACUCCAUGUUACCGCCAAUGUUGAAUCCAGUUAUCUAUAGCAUGAGGAACAAGGACAUCAAAGCUGCAUUGAGGAGACUGACUGGGUGGACGUUAUUCACCAAGAAUUAA